AUGUGGUUUCAAAAAACCUUAUAUUUAAAAUCCAAAUCGCGUGGAUGUCAUCUAAUCACCAAGGAAAUUGAGAAGCAAAUUCCCGACAUUCAAAAUUUUAGGAUAGGAAUGGCCAAUAUUUUUAUUACACAUACAUCCGCUUCGCUUUGUUUAAACGAGAAUGUUGAUCCAGAUGUAAGGACAGACAUGGAGAUGGCGUUAAACAAAAUUGUCCCUGAAAAUUUCCCAUACAUUCAUACCGCCGAAGGAUCUGACGAUAUGCCUGCACACAUUAAAAGUGCUUUGUUUGGUGCUUCUUUGAACAUACCCAUUACAAAUGGUAAAUUAAAUCUUGGUACUUGGCAAGGCAUUUGGCUAUGCGAACAUAGAAAUUACGCAUCUGGAAGAACAGUAGUUGUAACCCUAAAUGGCGAAAAAUAG